AUGGACGACGGAAAGUGGUUUCCUCACAUCGCUGACGGUGGUGACGAGUAUCUGACCGAGGACCUCUACAGCAGCGACUGCUUCUCGUCGGGGUUCGGAUCCAGUCACCACAACGUCAGAACCCAACCAUCGACAACUGGGUAUAUCUCGGCGGCUGCAACUACGCCCGUCGGUGCCGGCGGGAACGAAAUAGGCCCGAGUCAACAUGGCAACAACCACAGCUACGACUCCCACCACGCUGUCGCUGCCCAACCGAACAAAGAAUCUGGCGCAGUACUUGCACCCAACACCAACGCCAAUGCCAAUGCCAAUGAUUCUUGCUUCUGGCCCCCCCUCUCGACUACCAACAUGUAUUCGCUCCCCUUCGACGGCAGCACCACUAUCGACACCGGAUUUCCUACCCACUACCAGCAACAGCCGAACCACGCCGCCUCCUGGUCCGUGUUCGACACGUGGGGAGGAGGAGCAGCAGCCGCUGCAUUGACAAACACCCCCCUUCAUUUCCACGACAGUCUUCCCGCCGUCACCACCACCGGUCCCUGGGGCGAGCCCAGCGUGCCUAACCUCGGUGAGGCCAUCGGGUGUAAUAGCGUUAGUCCCACUGGCACCACCUACAGCAGCAUCUCGUCGUCUGCCGCUUCUGAUGCCAUGACCUCGAUGAGUCUGGAUCCCGUGACGCAUUCCACGGCUCCGGUCAACACACCUAGCACGACCAACUCCUUCUCUAUGGAUGAUCAGAGAUAUGAGAACCAGACUAAUGUUUCUGCCACUGGUUCUGGUACUUGUGCUGGUGCUGGCGCUGCUGACUGGAUCAUGGGCAACACCAACGACAGCAAUUACCCGCCCACCACCGUAUCCCCAGAGGUACUGCGCAUAAACCCUUCGCCUGCGCCGGUGCCCAACUCGUACACGGAAUCGGUUCAGACCAGUCUUUUGCGCGAUAGCGACUUUGAUAUAAGUCCUUCGUACGUUGAUAUCCGUCCGGCUCCUUCUCGUGCUCCUCAGGCGCCUCAACCGUCUUCGUCGUCGAAGCGACUCAAUAACAAGGGCCGCAAGGAGUUACCAAGCAGGCCCAAGUCGCGCUACCUGUCUGUUGCCCGCGAACCGCCUUCCUCUUCGUCGUCGGCGACGUCAUCCAAGGGCAAGGGCAAAGCAUCUGCUGCGCCGUCGUCCAUACAUGGCCACCACCAUCACCACCACCACCAGUCAGCUUCAUCUUCGGCUCGCCAAAAGGCAGCAGAACAAAAUUCCGUCUCGCUACUCAGCUGCGCCUUUAGAGCAGAACAAGAAAAUGGCGACAUCGGCAUCGAAGACCCCAAUCCUUCCGACACCUUCGAAGCGUCCGACGCAGACCUGCCAAAUCCCAAUCCUCCCCUCAGACCCAGGCCCAAGCCCACCGCUGUCCUUCUCCCCCGCCCCUCGCCAUCCACCUCAGUAAUGAUGAAAACAUCCGCAGCAGCAUCGUCACGUCUCCUCGAAACCCAAGCCGCCGAAAAGGCAGCCAAGGACGAAUUCCUCAUCAAGCACAAGCGGGCGGGCAUGACAUACCGCGAGAUCCGCAAGAAGGGCAAGUUCAUCGAGGCCGAGUCGACACUGAGAGGACGGUACCGCACAUUGACUAAGCCCAAGGAGACCAGAGUUAGGAAGCCUGAGUGGGAGGAGAGUGACAUCCGCCUCCUCAAAAAAGCCGUCCGCAAACUAGCCAAGGGCGACGAUCUCGAGACGGCCAAGAUCCCUUGGAAGCAAGUCGCCGAGUACAUCGCCGAGCAUGGCGGCUCAUACCACUUCGGCAACGCCACCUGUCGCAAGCGGUGGGAUGAUCUCCUUGCUCAGAAUAAGGCUUGA